AUGGACCGGCUUGCUACAGAAGAAUUAUCCUCAAUCUUCCUUCAAUGUCCUCCGGACGAUAUAUGGGUGCUUCUGCAAGUAUGCAGACGGUUUUACCAAGUCGCCAAAUCAACGCCGUCUUUAUGGGCCAGGAUACAUGCGAAAGAGAGUAGCAGGAGGGGCAGCAAUACCGGGUGGUUCACACAAUACGAGGGUCUCAAACGUUCUCACUUUGCCCCCCUCGAACUUACAUUUACUCUGACAUCAAUCGCACCAUACGAGGGAAGCUUUUUCCAGCUCAUUCAGCACACAAUGGCCCCCAAGGUGCUAUCAAGGGUCCGCGUCCUGCAUUUUUUGUUCGAGGAUACCGCCAGGCACGUCAAUGAUACGCUCAGCAACCUGGCUCACAGAAAUGCCCCUGCCCUCGAAGUCCUGAAGCUUGAUCUAUCAUCCUACCACCCUAGGAUCGUCAACUUGGAGAUCCAAGCCAAUAAUGCUGUCUUGAAUUCAUUAUUGUCCGGGGGUGCGCCGUGUCUCCGAGAGGUAUCCUUGAUAGGCUUCAUCCUCCCAUCGAAUUCGGUUCUCUGGUGCAAGACUCUCACGGUGCUCGAGCUGGCCAAAACAUCUGUGGUGUUCAGAGCCAGUGAUCUCAUCGAGAUCCUUCAGCGGACACUGUCCCUCCAAAUACUGAGAAUGGGCGAGGGUUUCCACAUCGACGAAGUUCCAGUUAUUGAUAUUAGUCAAGGAUGGGAGGGUCUACCCGCAGACCUCAUUGUCCAUCUUCCUAACCUGCAUCUCUGGGAAUUCAGCUCAACUUACGACCAGUAUGCCAACCUGGUGUUUUUGCUCCGAGUCUCACCACAGUUUCGGUUGAACGUCCAAAACAUUGAUUACAGGGAUCGACGUCCUUCGACGCAUGCUUUGCUGUUCCCUGUCGUUGCAUACCCACGUACUUCUGACAGGAAUAGCUCUCGUCCUUCGUGCAGGGGGGUAGAGGUACCAAGGACGUUUCGAAUCAACGUCCACGGAAGUGUUGUGAACUCCACAUUUUUCCAGCAGUGCGAUCACAACCCCCAGCAGAUUACCGACUUUGACGUCUGCAGGAGCUGUGAGAACAGACUUGCAGAGCUAGAGUGCACUUUCCAUCUCCUGGCCGGCUUCUUUGAGCGCGAUUUGCCACCCACAUCGCUGUCACCGAUCAUUACCACUAGCACUACUGCACAAAGUAUUACUGCACUAUAUCUUUUCUCAGACUCCCCGAGUUUUGCUGCUUCAUGGGGGGCUGUCUUCAGCGCCAUGGGUAACAUUCGACUAAUCUGUCUUGAAUCAGAUCCGUUGGACCUGCGCAACAUCUUGGCCGAGCUAGCCUCUAGCAACGAGCCAAAGCAGAAUGAACUCUCCGGGUCUUGUCCACCGCUACCGAAGCUGGAAGAAAUGAACAUUCGAUGGCGUUGCAGCGGGUACUACACUGCAAAACAAGGCGCGCACAUAACCUCAAAUGCGGCUGAAGACCUCUCCAAGACAAUCUGUAGACGCGAGAGCAUCGGGCUACGUCUCCGCAUUCUAUCGGUACACGUGCAGGCAGGGUUGAAGGAAAUGGAAGAAGCAUUUAUUGGCGUUGUAGAGCUGUUGAAGGAGGCGGUAGACAACUUCCGAUGGAUUGAGACGUGA